GUUGUACUGCUCCUCGGCGAUCUUCUUGAUCAUGUCCAGGGUCUUGCGCACCAGCUUCUUACGGAUGACCUGAUGAACGAAGGCAUGAAUAUUCUUCAAAAACCUUCAUGAACUUGAGGAGAUGAUGAAGGCGGACUUGGAAAGAGUCAUUUGUGCAUUUCAUGAGGAUCCAAAAUAUCCCAUCUCAGGAUGGCAGGAUUCAUUCGAUCUCCAUUACCAUGUGAGGCAUGCACGUGCGUUGUGUGACCGAUUUGUGCCCUCAGCACCUGCCACAGAAAUACUGAACGCGCUAAACAAAUUUCUGCAUCCUGUAACUCAUGCAAAAUCUGACACGCACUCAAGAAAUCCAGGAGCUCAUUUCACAUGUGAUUCUGACCAGAACGACUCAGAGAAGUCUAUUUUGCUAAUAUGUGGUGAAAGGGGUUGUGGGAAGUCCACUGUGGCGGCGUGGUGGUUGCAGUCUUUCUGCAGACAGAAUCCUGAUAUACCAGUCUUUUCUCAUUUCUGUGGGACCAGCACAUCCAGCACUGAUGUUAGAUCUAUGCUUAGACAGUCUACUGCUCAACUUCAAAGAGCGCAUUAUGGUGAUUUUCCAGAUUGCGGUGAUAGUUUGGAGGACGUGAUUGAGUUUAUGCACCUCCAUCGAGCAGUCCAGGCAUUUACUGCAGCAGUCAAUCUUGGGCCUUGUAUUAUUCUUGUAGAUGGUAUUGACCUUCUGACAGAAACACUCGGACUCUCAAAACAAGAGGUGAAGGCACUGCGAUGGUUGCCAGAUGCUCUGCCUCCCUAUUGUAAAAUGAUCAUCACAACAACCUUCACUGACCUCACUCACAAAAGUCUCACCGGCAGGACCGAUGUCAAAAUCCUCAACUGUCCCCAUCUCUCUGAUCCCAGUGUUCUGGACAGCAUUUUGCGCAGACAUAUGUCUUUGCCUAACAAGGAGCUGCCACCCAGUGUUUUGCAAAGAGUUGCACGUAAGAAAAACUCCCACCUUCCAGCCUUCUUAGCACUCGUUGGUACAGAGUUACGCACAUGUGGAGUGCUGAGGGCGAAAGAGGAAGAGAUGGAGCUGUUGAAGGAGUAUAUAGAGGCUGAUUCAAUUGCAGAGCUGUGGGUGAAGGUCAUUCAUCGCUGGGUACAAGAUUACAGCAGAACUGCUCCACCAGAAGAGAUUACUUCUUGUAAAGUCACUGAGGCUCAGACAAGCACUGCAUCAUUUAGGGAUAAUCUCUCUGGCUGGGUGUGGGAUACAGUAUGUCUUAUACAUGUGUCUCGUGCUGGGCUGACUGAGCCUGAGGUUUUGGCUUUGUUGGAAGAUCUAGGCUACUGUGGUGAUCUGAAAGUCCAGGUUUUGGAAUUGGCCAGACUGUGCUCUGCUUUUUGGCCCUGGGUUCAGGAGAAAGACAAUGGGCUUCUGACCAUCAUGCAUCAAUCACUCAGUCAAGCUAUGAACCUGUUGUUGCAUGGUACAGAAAGUCCGAAUUUCUACCAUCGGAUCCUUGCUAUGUUUUUUCAGAAGUCUAGUUUAGACCUUAGCUGGGCAAGGAAGAUGGAAGAGAUUCCUUGGCAUCUCAAGCAAACUGGUUCUUUUAAGGAGUUGCAUGAUUUCCUCAGCGAUCUGGCUACCGUGGAGUUUUUGUCAAGCAGCCUGAAACGAUACCCACAGAUGACAAUUGAUGUUAUAUAUUAUUGGACAUUACUAAGGGAGAGAGGAUUUGACCCUGUGACUUCGUUCCAGAAAGUGAUGGCUCAGAGUUGUCAGCGUCUUAAUGACGUUCACCCUCCAGAUCACAGCAGUUUGUGGAGAUUGUCAUUGUUCUGUUCUAAACUUCUGCUCUGUUUGGGUGAAAUGCAGCAAGCUGAGAAGCUGCUUCUACAAGCAGAUCGAAUUUUCCAAAAGGGUGUGGAGCUGGAUAGUGACAGUAUGAGGUCACUCCUCAAAGUGCAACAUAUGCUGGCAGAGCUUUACGUCCAAAUGCAUCUGCCAAAAGACACAGAGAUGUAUUGCCACAAGGGACUUGACACAGCCCAGUCUCUUACAGCAGCCCACCUUGACAGCACAGAGGUCAAACUAAUAGUUGGACAGCUGCUUUGUCAUCUGUGUAUGGUACUGCUGGAGGAUGGACGGCUUUAUGCAUUGCCAGGGCUUUUCAAAAAGAUCAGCUCUGCUAGCUACAUCUCUGAACAUCCUUGUGCUGAAGGCACAGCCAGGCUACUGAAGGCUAUUCACAAGUUGAGUCGUUGCGAGCUCAAGGCUGCUGAGAAAUACCUUCAAGCUGCGUUGGCCAGCAGGAGGCGCUGGUACGGCUAUGAGCAUCCUCUGGUUGCAGAGGUGGAGGUGCAGCUUGCAGAUCUCUGGGCUGGAGCUCAAACCAGCACUGAAUGGACACAGAGGAAGAUGGUUGAGCUGUACCGGCAUGUUAUAAGCAUUAAAGAGAUUGAGGCUCAGAUGUUGCAACUUCCCAGCAUGCAACACGACCUUGCUGUCGUUCUUAUGAAGCAUGGUAAAGUGUUGUUGCGUAGCUGCAGUCGAGUGGACAGGAGAGAAGGGCUGGAUCUGCUCCAGAGAGCUGCAGACAUAAGGAUUCACCUCCUGGGCCCUGAGCACCCACUGACCCGAGACCUGGAGCCUGUUUCAAACCUUGACAUGGUAGGACCGAGGAAACAUGUUCUAGAGGAUAUCGGGUCCACCUUAAACAAAAAACUGUCACUAGAUGGGUCCACAACUGCUUUGAAGGAAUCACACAGUGCGCUGCAACGAUCAUCCUCAAAGUCAUGUAUAAAUCGACCAGCUACCAAACUCCCUAGGAGCUUCUCUACACAAAUAACAUCAUGCUGUAACCAGGAUGAAACCCUAAAAAGACCAUGGACAGCAUUCCAGGUCUCUGUUUUUGGGCCACAGAGUGAUAUUAGGACUCUACUGCAAACAGGAAAUGCUGGUUGGUUUGACCGGCGACAGUCCCUUACCAGAUCAACCGGACGUCUUUUCCAGGCAGAUCCAUCAUGCAGUAGGAAGCUCUGAAAGCACUGAACCCAUAGAUAAG